AUUCUUUAUAUGCUUUGUUAAUUAAUUACAGUAAUGGUUAAAACGUUUAUGGAUGAUGCAGAGAUGUGUAGGGAUGAACCCGUAUACACUCAUCAGUGUGAGUUGAUUGAAUUAAAGCCUUAUCCUUACCAAGUAGGAGGCCAUAAUUGCAUUUUAGUAUAUGAUGAUGAAACAAUAUGUAAGCCUCUAAUUGAUCAGGAACAGCUUGUCUAUGCACAUUUCCCUAAUGAAUUAAAAGCCUUCAUACCGAGGUGUAGAGGAGUGGUAAAUGUUCAUUUUGAAAUGUUUGAUGGAGAUAUACUUGCAUAUGCUUUUCCUGAUGGCUGUCCGUGUAUCCAAUCAAAGAAUUACUGUAUGGCUAAGAAAACGAUACACAAUAACAAGUUUAAAUUUGUCAAGUCUGAUUGUGAUGAUUGGACAACAUCCGUUACAGAAAAUGGUAUUACACGUCAAUGGGAAAGCGCUAAAUUAAAAAAAAUUGAAAAAUUUAUACUGCUUGAAAACGUAACAUUUUCAUUAAAAAGACCAUGUGUGCUUGAUUUAAAAAUGGGCACUCGUUGCUUUGGAGACGGCAGCACUCAAGCAAAAUACGAGCGUAAAAAAAAACGUGCAUUAGAGUCUACUUCGGCAGCUUUAGGCGUCAGACUAUGCGGAAUGAUGGUGUAUCAAUGUGAUACAGGUGUUUAUUCGUUUACAGAUAAGUACCAAGGUCGUCGUUUUAGCAAUGAAGAUUUUUUUUAUGCAAUUAAAAGGUUUUUUUUCAACGGUAUUAGGUACCGGACUGAAUUGCUUUCUUCUCUAAUUACAAAGCUUUUAAUUUUGCUUGAACAAAUUGAGAAAAUAGAAUGUUGUAGAUUUUAUUGCAGCUCCUUGCUUAUAUUAUAUGACGGACACGAAGACGAAGGUUACCAAAUAGUACCUCGUAUUGAUGUUAAAAUGAUUGACUUUGCUCAGACUCGAGUUAAAGACGAACCAACUAAUUAUCAUGUUGGGACAGAUCGUGGAUAUAUAUUAGGUAUUAAAACCCUAAUUAAAAUUGCAGAUGAAAUUAAAGCGUCAAUCUGAACUUUCUAGUUCCUUGAUUUCUUUUAUAAAUGCUAAACUUAAAAAUGAAGGAUUAGUCUCCCAUCAUUAGUUAGAUUUAUAAAAUCUUUUUAAUAUAUUUGUAUAUAUACAUUUUAAUAUAGACAUGUAUUUAUAGUAUUCAAAUAU